AUGUCCGGCACUGGCAACGACUUCCAGAACGGCGCGCCGUUCUACCUCGACGCGACACAACAGGACCUGCUGUUAGCAGUUCUUGCCUCGAAUAACCAGAACCCCAACGACCUCUUCCCUGCUAUCAACGGUCUUGAUGAAAAGCCGACCUUUGGCAAUGACCAGUUCCAAUAUCCUGUCAACAAUCUCGACCCCUCCACGUUCUUCUCGCCACAGCAAAGCACCACCGCCAAUACAUUCGGCAUAAGUGUCGAUGAGAGCCCUUUCAUUGACUAUCUCGAUGGCGACACUACGCUCGAAUUCGAUGGCGCCAACAACGGAGCUCGCAUGAUUGGCUCUCUGCCUGGCGACUCCCCUGAAGGGGAGUCGAACGAGAAGCGCAAGAGCCCAGACGAGGAUGGCGAUGAAGACGAUGAAGAGGGUGGCGGUAAGCGCCUGGCAGGCGAUGAUAAACAGGCCAAGAAGCCUGGCCGUAAGCCACUAACGUCAGAGCCUACUACAAAGCGUAAAGCUCAGAACAGAGCUGCCCAGCGAGCUUUCCGAGAGAGAAAAGAGAAACAUCUGAAGGAUCUUGAGACUAAGGUUCAGGAACUUGAGAAGGCAUCGGAUGCUGCCAACCACGAGAAUGGCUUGCUUCGUGGUCAAGUUCAGCGAUUGCAGACGGAAUUGCGCGAGUAUCGCAAGCGUUUGUCGCUCAACAGUACUGGCGCGAGUCGCAUUGCCCCCGCUACGGGUUUCAGCUCCAUGCUCAACACCAACAAUAGCAGUUUCCAGUUCGAGUUCCCCCGUUUUGGAGGACUUCCUGGAGGCCAACUUCUGGAGAACGGUCCGCUUUCGAAGCCAAAGUCAGCUUCCAUGUCUACGGCUCGGCCAGCUGCUCAGACUUCCAGUCCACCGAACACGGCGAAUGGUUCCCUUGUCCAGUCCCCUGUAAACGUCAGCCCCAUGACAAACGGCUCGCCCUUGGGCAGCACUGCCAGCGCACGUCAACCCAGCAACAGUGCACAUAAGCCUUAUCGCAGCAGCACAGACAGCUCCGUCGUAUCACAGUCACGUGUUUUCCAGUUCAAUAGUGGCUCGUCGACACAUUCGGACUCGCCCUCCACCUCAUCUACCUCACCGACGAACCAGGACUCGUCAUGCGGUACAUCACCAGAGCCGGGUCAUACUUCGCCAGACCAGAAAGACACGAUCGCAGACGGAUAUGUGUGUCAUGGCAACUCGGAAGGUGAGGUUCUCUUCUGCGAAAAGCUCAACAUGGCCUGCGGCAACUCACGCAACCCUGUCCCUCGUGCCAAAUCAAUGUCCAAGUCUGAUGACAAACCAUCUCCUGCAGUCACCCAAGCCAAACCACCUGGCGCCGAUCUCAAUGGUAUCGACUUUUUUGCCAAUCAAAACGAUAACACGUUCGAGCCGAGUCUCUUCGGAGAGUACCGCGACACAAAUACCGCCAUUAUGGGCACCGAUGGCGAUUUUAACAGCGGUUUCUUUAACGAUGCUUUUUCCAACACUGGCUACGGCAGCCCCUUUCACUUCAGUGACACACCAGCCGUGCAGAAGCCGAACCCUCUAGAGCAGAUUGAGCGCAUUCAAGAUGGCGAAGAGGAGGUCGUUCCCGGCGAGGAUAUUGACCAGAUGCUCAACUGCCACAAGAUCUGGGACAAGCUUUCAAGUCGCAAUGACUUUAAGGACGGUACCAUCGACAUCGACAACCUGUGCUCGGAGCUUCGCGCAAAGGCACGUUGCUCAGAAAGCGGUGUCGUGGUUGAUCACAAGGACGUUGAAGAAGCGCUUAAGCGCCUGCCGAAGGACCAACAACAGGCGGUUUGGUCUCCGUCAGCAUUAUGA